AUGCUCUGGGCCUGCCUCUUCCUCACUUAUUUCUCAGGUAGGAGAGAAAAAAGUGUGUUUUUUCUUUCUUCUGUAGCGACAGACCCAAGAGGAGUCUAACAUACCAUGAUAUAUUUUUUCCUUUUUCUCUUUCAGGAUCUUUGGCCCAGUAUGUGUUGACGCAGCCCCCAUCAGUGUCCGUUUCUCUGGGACAAGAUGUCCAGAUCCCUUGUUCCGGAAGCAACAUUGGUGUGAAGAGUGUACACUGGUACCAGCAGAAACCCAGCCAGGCCCCUGUACUGAUAAUAUAUGCAGACAAUCAGAGACCCACUGGGAUCUCGAACCGAUUCUCUGGCACCAACUCCGGGAACCCAGCCACACUGAGCAUUGCCAGAGCCCAAGCAGAGGAUGAGGCCGAUUAUUACUGUCAGGUGUGGGACAGCAACACACCUCACAGUGACACAGGCAGAUGGGGAAGUGCGACAAAAACCUCUUGCUGAAAAAGGCAGCUGCUAUCAUACUCUGUUUUCAGAAGAGCGACCUUCCAGUGGAAUUGAAUUUUCAUGAAAAGAGGCUUAUUCUCACCUCCAAACCCCCACUUUCCCUAGAAUUACACUUGCUGUUGCCCCUCGCUCCCUCAUUCAAUGAGGGGAGCAAAUGAAGGGGGUUCACUGAGGUAGAGAAUUUAGCAUAGACUUCAAGUGUGCAUCGGAAAUAGACAGCAGGUCUAUGCUGGGCCACAGAGAGGCUUAUUUUGUCAUUAUUUAGAGCAUUUGUACCCUGCUCUUUGGUCAAAGAGGCUCCCAGAGUGGCUUACAUACAAGCAAUUGAAACCAGACACUCCUUCCCCAUAGGGUAUAAGCUCAGGAAAACCACGACACACAAGGCGAAAGGAACAGGGAGGGCAGAGGAAAAUAUACAUCCAACUCAGGCACCAAUGUCUAAACAGUUGUGCCUAUAAUGACCAGCUGGCCUAGUUUGGGGGCAGGAAGGAACUGAUGGAGUUGGACUUCCAGCAAAGCUGACGAAAUGAGCCUUGUUUGCUACUUCUCUCACUGAGGCAAAUCUGAUGGGAUGGCUGCCCCCCCUCCCAGUUGAGGGGAGAGGAGGCCUGAGGGAGCUAGCCUCUCAUUUCAAACUGCUGUUCUCUGGCUACGUUGGGCACCACUUAUCCUCCGUGUCUGAGCCCCCUUAACUCCAUCUCAGUGCUCAUAAACGCCACACUUUAACUCUGUGUUAACCUCCAUUCGUCUGUCCUUUUUAAAAAAAUAUUUAUUUGGUUUUUCAGAUUAAAAUUUUUUAGUCACAUAUCCAACAUACAACAUAAAAACAAGAUUCCAAUGAAUCUCCUGGACUUCCCUCCUCCCCUUUGUGGGUCCUAUUGUUAAUCAUUUCCUCCUGCAUCUUUUAUAAUAAUCCAAAUAUUUUACCUCUCCAUUGUCCAAAAUUCAUCAAUGAACUACAAGUGAUAUUCUGAUCGUACUAAUGAUUUUAACUGUUUACAAUGGACUUUAAGAUAAGUUAUAAAUUUCCCCCCUCAUUGAAAUUUUGAUUUUCCUGAUUUCUGAUUCUUCUAGUUACUUUAGCUAUUUCAGCAUAAUCCAUCAACUUGAUCUGCCAUUCUUCUCUGGUCAGGACUUUUGUCUGUCAUGAUCUCCAACCCACAUGGACUUCAGAUGACGUAUUGGGAAAGGGGGCAAAAUUAAGUACCCUAAACCAUCAUGGUGUUUCAAUAAACAUCUCUAGAGGGUGCUGGCAGACUUGGUAAGAUCCACUCUGUGCAACCAGGCAGAGGGGGCUGAAAUAGCAUGAUGCUGGAGUCACUAACCACAUCCUCCUCUUUCUCACAUGAUACGCUGCCACCACAUAUCCCUUGGGACAGAUUAUGCAUUGGGGAACUGCUCUGGUCAAUGCUUUGUUGCUUCGAGAAAACAAGAGUUUAAAACAGGAACACGGGAAGCUGCCUUAUACAGUGGUACCUCGGGUUACAGACGCUUCAGGUUACGUGUUUUCGGGUUUCGCACAGAACCAAACCCGGAAGUACCGGAAUGGGUUACUUCCGGGUUUGGGCGCUCGCGCAUGCAUGGAAGCCCUAGUUCGUGCUUUUCACUUGUGCAGAAGCGCCGAAUCAUGACCUGUGCAUGCUCAGACGCGGCACUGCGGGUUGCGAAUGAUGCGGGUUGCAAUCGUGCUUCCCGCCCGGAUCACGUUCGCAACCCGAGGUUCCACUGUACUCAGUCCAAUCAUUGGUUCAUCGAGUUCAGUGCUGCCUCCACUGACUGGCAAUAGACAUAAGAUAAUAUCACCAAGGUAACUGCCAACAAACAACAAACGUAUUUUUAAUUUUAAUUUUCCUUAUUCUACUUGCUGAUUCAGUGCAAUUCUGUUACAAUAGUUUUUGACAGCGAUGAAACGUGGGUGGAGACUGCCUCUCCAUCCUGACCCUUCCAGGGUGGAGGAAGACCGUAUAGAUCUACAACAGGGGUUUGAGGAAGUCACAACUCAGAGGCAGAUGAGGAGGAAAGUUGGGAAAUCAUGGGAGAGGAGGAGGAGGAGGAGGAGGAGGAGGAGGAGGAGGCUGAAGCGGAGCAACGCCUGGCUGACACAGUGUCAUUAGAAAGCAUCCCUGACCCUCCAUCUCCCAGUACCCGGCAAGCCUUAAAAGUAGGAGAGCAAAGAGCUCAAAGAUAGAGGGCACGUAGCAGCACCCGUAGAAGUAAAGAAUGAGGAAGUGGAAGAGACGGGGGGUGGAGAUUCACUCGGGACAACGCCAUUAUCCAAGAGGCUGAGUUCUGUAGCCUCUCUCUGUAAUAUUGAAAUAAAAAAAUGUGGUAAGAAACCUUUCCUUGUCUUUCUACCUUCCUGGACAACUAGCUGGGAGCCGCUGACACCCCCAGGCUGUGCACUUAAAUUCCUUCAGCCAAAUUGCCAUCUUCAUUAUAGAACACAGGAAAGUGUUUCAUACUGAGUCAGACCAUUGGUCUACCUAGCUCAGGAUUGCCUAAACUAAGUGGCAGCAUCUCCUUGGGUUUUCAGACGCGAAGUCUCUCCCAGCCUGAUAAUGCCAGGAAUUGAACCCGGGAGCUUCUGCACGCAAAGCAGAGGCUCUGCCACCAAACUCUAACCCUUCCUCAUGUGCAUUGGAGCAGGAUCAGCACCCAAUCAACAAGAAGCAGAUUUGCAUGCAGAGAACCCCAGGCAACUUUGGUAGGCUUUAAGAAUGGGGAGAAAAGCUAUCCCAAUGCACCAUUUGUCACAGCAAAGAUCACUCCUCUGCAAUGAACAUCAUGGCCUGGUUUCCCUUCCUUCUGGCCCUCACUUAUUGCUCAGGUGAUGAGAGACCCAUUCCUCAUUUCUUUUGGAUGCUAGACUUUCAUUUCUCCUAUCAACUUAUCUGCAGGAAGAUUUGUCAUUGCAUUGUCUUAGACUGGAGUUUGAGCCUUAUUAGUUGAUAUGAUGUGCAGUCUAAUAAGUCAGUGUUCCUCUCUUAGGAAGAGUUGCAUGUAUGUGUUUACCAGAUUAUUUCCACAUCUGUGUAACACCAUGAUUUUUUAAAAAUUUUCUUCUUCUUUCAGGUUCUGUUGCCGAGUAUGUACUUACACAACCCCCAUCUGCCUCUGUGUCUUUGGGGCAAACUGUGGAACUCACUUGCUCAGGGGAUAAGUUUGAUAGGUACUAUGUGCACUGGUACCAGCAGAGACAUGGCAGUGCCCCUCAACUGGUUAUAUAUAAGGACAGCAUAAGACCUGCCAAUAUUUCAGACCGCUUUUCUGGAGAGAGCUCUGGCGGCACAGCCACCUUAACCAUCACUGAUGUCCAACAGCAAGAUGAGGCUGACUAUUACUGCCAAGUCUGGGACAAAGAUGCUAGCCAGCAAGCACAGUGGCCCCAUCAAAGGAGGAAGUGAGGCAAAAACCUCCUGCUGUCAAAGAGAAAUGUCUAUGUUUGUUAGCUGAGUGCAACAGAAAUACUGUCACCACUCGCAGCUCCCAGUGAUUUGCACUGAGUGGUAUAUUGCCUCUGAUAACGGAGGUAGAAUUUAGCUGUCAUUUUUGUAGCCAUUAAGAGCCUUAUCGUCCCUAAGUCCUUCCACAGAGGGACUACAUUUUUAAAUAUAUCCUAUUUCUUAAAAUAAAAAAAGGAAACUCUGCUGAAAGUAUAACAGCAGAAGGAGUAGGCCAGGUUAGAACUCUUCCCUGUAAUAUCUUCGCUUUCUUUUUUAAAGCACUAUUUUAAAAAUAAUAUUGGAGCAGCAUUCAAAAAUGGCACAGAUACCUAACUGCAAUCAAAUGUGAAGGUAAAAAUAAAGGACCCCCUGGAUGGUUAAGUCCAGUCAAAGGCAACUAUGGGGUGUGGUGCUCAUCUCACUUUUCAGGCCAACGGGACACCAUGACAGUUCGAAGUUUGGCGGUUUGAAUCCAUGUGAUGGAGUGAGCUCCCAUUUCUCUGUCCCAGCUCCUGCCAACCUAGCACUUAGAAAGCACACCAGUGCAA